UUCAGGACAGGUGGAAGCUCCGGUUUAACGAGCUGCUGUUGUUCUCAAUACAAAGAGAGGGGAGCCGGGGAAACACUUUAAAUUCACAUUAAUAGAAAAACGUGAACUCUUUCCCGUGAAUUCAAACAUUAUCCGCGAAAUAAAAGAAAUAAUUAUCAGCCGUUUUUGUGUGAAAAAUGUUCGACCGGAGAGAGAAAAAUUCAUCAGUAACUGCGCAGUCAUAGUUUAAUGGGAGCGGUGACCUGAGCAGAUAUGGCAGCUGACGACAAGGUUGCCAUCCUGACGGACGACGAGGAGGAGCAGAAGAGGAAGUAUGUAUUGGCCGAGCCGUUCAACACCCUGUCGAUGGAGCGGCAGGUGGGCGUCACCGCAACGCCUGCGCCCACCACCGACACGCCGCCCGAACAGGCCCCGUCCUCGCAGCCUGACUCCAUCAACUGCUGCCAGAGGAUGUGCCUCCGCAUCAACAGCCACCUCCUCAUCUCCAAAAUCUUCUACUUCUUCUUCUACGCCGCUUACGGCUCGCUGCACCCUCUGCUGGCCGUGUACUACAAGCAGCUCGGCAUGUCGGCCAGUCGCAGCGGGCUGCUCGUCGGCAUCCGUUACUUCAUUGAGUUCUGCAGCGCCCCCUUCUGGGGGGUGGUGGCUGACCGCUUCAAGAAAGGGAAGGCGGUCCUGCUGUUCUCUGUCUUCUGCUGGCUGGUGUUCAACAGCGGCAUCGGCUUCGUCAAACCAGCUGAGAUGAAAUGCGAAGAGAAAGGUUCUUCUCCCGCAACUACGGUGACGCCGGUGAUGACGACUCACCCUGACGGUAACGUCACAAAUCUGAACAACUCCACCAACCACACCAGGAGACGCCGGAGCUUUCUAGACUUCCCUGGGCUUCCUGAACUCCCGCACGUCAGCUUGUUCCACAGGCGUGUACGGAGAGCUGACGCCAACACGACAUCACCACCCCUCACGCCAGAUAACACCACACAGCUCGCACCAAAUACCUCCCAACCCACCACCACCUCCACCUCCACCACCACCACCUCUGCUGCUCCAACCAAAGCCAAGGAGUACCAGAUCAUCUACAACGAGGACCAGGUGGAGACCAUCUUCCUGCUCAUCCUGCUCGUCAUCAUCGUGGGCGAGUUCUUCAGCGCCCCGGCCGUCACCAUCGUGGACACCGUCACCCUGCAGUACCUCGGUAAAGCCCGCGACCGCUACGGCCUGCAGAGGAUGUGGGGCUCCCUGGGCUGGGGUCUGGCCAUGCUGCUGGUGGGCAUCUGGAUCGACCACACGCACAUCACCGUCGUGAUCGAUGGCGUUGGCUGCAUCCUGCCCGACUUCCGCCUCCACAACUACCAGAUCGCCUUCAUCGUCUUUGGCGUGCUGAUGGCCUUGGCGUUUGUUGUUGCCACUCAGUUCUACUUUGAGAAAGGCGGCGACUACCAGCAGGAGCUUCCAGAGGGCGUGGUGGAGCAGACCGACAGCCCGAGGUCGAUAACGGACUCCAGCUCCUCGGACCAGACUCCCAUCAGCCCCAGCGCCUCGCAGGAGUUCCACUACAGCGAUCUCCUGAAGCUUCUCUGCAGCGUGCGCUACAGCUCCGUGCUUUUCGUCGCCUGGUUCAUGGGAUUCGGCUACGGCUUCGUCUUCAGCUUCCUCUACUGGCACCUGGAGGACCUGAAGGGGACGACCACGCUGUUCGGCGUCUGCUCCGUCCUGAGCCACGUCUCUGAGCUCGCCGCUUACUUCACCAGCCACAAGUUCAUCGAGCUGGUCGGACACGUCAGAGUGCUGUACAUCGGCCUGGCCUGCAACACGGCUCGUUACCUGUACAUCUCCUACCUGCAGAACGCCUGGACCGUCCUGCCCAUGGAGGUCCUUCAAGGUUUGACCCACGCCUCAGUUUGGGCAGCUUGCAUCUCCUUCCUGAGCGCCGCCGUCCCCCCUGCGCUGAGGACGUCGGCGCAGGGGAUCCUGCAGGGCCUUCACCUGGGUCUGGGCCGCGGCUGUGGAGCCAUGGUGGGAGGAGUGUUCGUCAGUUAUUUUGGUGCUGCAGCGACGUUCAGAGGAAUCGGCAUGGCCUCCCUCGUCAUCCUCCUCAUCUUCGCCUUCAUCCAGUGUUUGUCUGGAGAGGCUGAAGAGAAAGAGGAUAAAAUUCUAGCUGAGAACAUCCCGGUCCCCUCCAGCCCGGUUCCCAUCGCCACCAUCGAUCUGGUGCAGAGUCAGAACGCCGUCGGCAGCCUUUCUCCGGACCGACAGGCCGCCGUCUUGCCCAUGAAGAAGACCAAGCACCAGGAGGAUCAGGAGGACGUGACCCGGCCGGCCUGGGUGCUCUCUGGAGCCCCGUGGGUCACCAUCGCCUUCGCCAUCGUCCAGAUCAAAGAGAUGAUGAGCCUGGCGAAGAGCAGCGGACCGCCAGCAGAGAACCAACCACUGCAGGUACCUGAUGAGCCGGCGUCUGCUGAGUAUGUGGCGGUGGCGACGACGCACACAAGUUCAACUGAUGAUGGCACAGAUUCACAGUCGGCCACCUCAGAAUCAGACACACAACCAAACACCACCCGCCAUAACAAAGACCAAACGCACCCACCCGCAGAGGGAGGAGGGUCUAAAGAAAACCCUGCCUUCACAGCAGAAAACACAGACUGACGUUCUGUUUAGAAACUAUUUAAUUUACUGCAAAAACAUCCUUAUUAACACGUCACUUACUCUCAAAGUCAGUCUGAGUAAAACUCUGCUUCCACUGCACUUCUGUCAGCUUCUUGACAAAACACUGUAUUUGUAUAGAGUUAUUGUAAAAAAUGUAAAUGAUCAUAAUGUCCAGAAACAAGUUGUAGAUACUGUUGGAACGGGUUGUUUUUCCAGCAGGGACUCUGGUUUGAAUGAUUGGAUGAGAAAUGAGGUGCGUUAGGUCCGAGGUCUGUGCACUAUGUUAACUGCCCUUUAACGGUGGAGCGUGAAGGAAAACCCUUCGAGUGUAAAGAAUGUGCCUCUGAAGUCGUUUGUUGACUUCAUUUACAUAAAAAAGUGAGGAAAUCUGACAAAAAUUCAACAGUUCGAUUCCACAGUAACGAGCAGCAUUUAGAAGAAGUGACGACAUUAACACGUCAGAUCAAGUUUUAGGAACUGAUCGGGUUUAUCAGGUUAUUUAUCUUUCAUGCAUUUUAAUACAGAGGUUCCCAAUCUUUUGUGCACCACAGAUGGUUUUUAUAUUGACUGAGUCACUGUGCACACGGCUUGUUUCACAAUAAAAGCUGGUGUGUGUUUCACCAGUUGAAGCAGCAGCAGCAGGGAAUUUGCAUGAGCUUUAACUAAAAAUAAAGUUAAAAAUAAGAUUAAAAACAAAGGAAUUGUAUCAAAACAGGGUUUGAUUUAAUUAAAAUCUUAAGGAUUAAAACACAUUUUUUACAUUUCAGGCGUGACUCUCUGUAUUUAUCCUCCCAACAGAAAACAAAAUGUAACUUUAUUCAGUUUGUAAAUUAAAAGACAGACAGAAUCAGUCUGAGUCAAGUUCAAGAUGCAAACUUGCCUCCUGCAGGUUUUCUGCAGGAUCCAGUUUCUUAAAAAAAAAGAAAAAAGGCUUAAAUCUAAUUUACAAAAGUCUUAAAUAUGUGUCUAUUUCCUGCUUUAUGCAGUAAUGUUAAUUAUAAACAGUGUGUGACUGCAGGUGUCAGGAGACGUUACACACCUGCUGUGUAAACUGCAGCUGAGGAACCUGUUCACACUGUCGCUGCUGCUGCUGAACGACUUUGACAAAGACUUAAAUUAAUUAAUCAUUUUUUAAUUUGAUCUGGGUCCAGGUCACAUGAAUGUAAUUAAUGAUAUCAGGAGUUGUUAUCCUGCUUCUAGACCCUCUGAUAUGAAACAGGUAUUAAGUUAAAUUCUUACAUUGAACCUGGUGAACUUAUAGUUUAAUAUAGAUGUAUUUCUUUUCCUGAAUCAUAUUGUUUCCUCACAGCUCUGUAGUAAUCUUUCUGUGGCACAGGGGUUGGGAACCUUUAAAAUACUUCAAUAAAACAGUGUUUUGCAAAUUCUUUAAAUUAAAUGAAUUGAAUUUAGGUUUACAUGACAGGGUAUUAAGAAAAACAGGAUUCCUGGAAAGACGUCACCUCCUUUGUUUCAGAUUUCAGCUGCUGUCAGGUGGUCGUUUGAUCGUUGUAUAUUUGUAUAAUUUGUUGAAGAGCACACUGAAGGAGCCGUGAUGAAGAAGUGCCUCUUUUAAACCCACUGUAAGCCUCUUAAUCAUCAUUGUCGUUGCAACUAAUUAUUAAAAAAUGUCGAGCAAGGAUCCCUUUACUGAAACACACUCCUACAGAAACACCUGUCGUCUUCAACACGGGAUACUGGGGGAUUUUUUAAAGGUUAAUCCCACUGUUUUUGUAUUGAAACUGCCAAUAGCUGAAACACUGUAUGUACCGUCUCUGUUUCUGAUUUUCAUGCCAAACAAUUCCCAGUAUUCAGUGUUUUUGUGUCGUCCGAGUAGAAAAGCCUGAGGAUUGAAGACUUCCUGUUAACUGUAAUAUUAAAGGAGAUUUUGGAAAAAGA